UAAUUAUGUAUCAGAUUUUAAUUGGUUUCCUCAAGUGGGCAGGUUUCUUGGCUUUAGGUUACUUCUUAUACCUUGUUUAUGCCUUGUUGGUGUAUCCUUAUAUGUGCUGGAGGAAGUAUAAGAAAUAUAGCAAUGUGUAUACUACUCCUACGUUUAUUCCUAUACUUGGAGAUCUUAAAAGAAUAAAUGAAGACAUGAAGAAAGGAAGAGUGCAUUACUAUGAAAAGAUGCAAAAAGCUUCAGAGAUGAAAGGCAAGGAUAUUAGGAUUAAGUUUGAAGGAUAUAAUCCUCUUAUACUUCUUCAAUCUAAUAAAGCUAUUGAAGAAUUUGCUAAACUUGUACCUUCUAAAGUUGAUAGAGUAAACACAGGAAGAGGACUUGGCAAAGUCGGUUUAGGUACAUUCUUAUUUGAGAAGAGUACUAAGAGAACUGUUAUGAGAAGGAAAAUACUUACUAGCUUCUUGAGCCUUAAUAGUUCAUCAAGACAUAUCCCAGCUAUGAUGAGGCAUACUUCAGAUGUACUUAAACCUUUAAAACAAGGACAGAGCUACGAUUUCAUUGAUAUUGCCAAUGUUCUCACUUUUAAUAUCUUUACCAGUGUCUUGUUUGGAGAUGAUAUGGUUGAGCUUGCUAAUAGAGUGAGACCAUAUCAAAACCCAGAUGGAACUACAUCAAUGCUUCCAUUGAGAGAUAUUAUAAUCAAUUCAUUUAAAAGUCACUUUGUGCAGAUUUUCCAUCCUUUGACUGCAACCUGUAAGCCUUUAGCAGAUGCUAAUAUAAUCAACCCCUUUAAGAGAGAUCAUGAGAACUAUCAAGUAUUCCUUGAAGGAAUGAAAGAACUCUACAAAAACUGCAAGGAUGAAACAUCUAUCUGUAUGCAGAUCCUGAAAAAUGAACAGACCACAGAAAGUGAGAAAAUGAGUGAUUUAAAUACCUUCAUUCUUGCAGGAGCUGAAACUUCUUCACAUGGAAUAGUAUCAACUCUCUUCUUCUUGAAGAAACACCCCGAAACAUUUGCUAAGCUAAGAAAAGAGAUCCAAGAUGCAAGAAUCAACAAAGAGACUGUUACCAAUGAAAGCUUGACUAGAGAGAAGAUUGAAGAGUUGGACUACCUCUCUUGUGUCAUCAAAGAAUCUCUCAGAAUUGAUGGACCAGGAGCAGAAUCGUUCUUUUACUCUGCAAAGCAGAAUAUUAAAUUAUGAGGAGUUCCUAUUCCUAAAGGAUUUCCUAUCAAGGUUGAUUUAUUUUCUGGGCACUAUAACGAAGAAUAUUGGAAAGAUCCAACAAAUUUCGUGCCAGAAAGAUAUGACCAAGAAUCAGAGUUCUAUAAACAAGCUGAGAAAGAAGGGAAAAUUGGAAGAGGGUUCUCCACAAGACCUUUCUCCCAUGGGUUCAGAGCCUGUCCAGGCCAAUCUUUUGCAGUUCUUGAGAUGAAAGUAGCUAUCAUUGUCAUUCUUACUCUUAUUGAUUACGAAGUUGAUCCAGAGUUAUUCCAAAAAGAUGGUGUAGGAUUUGGAAUAGGCAGCACUAUAGUUCCAUCAUUCAAAGUAGAUUGGCAAUCUUAGAAUGUUCAUAGUUCAUCUCAGUCUUUACAAAAUUCAAUAU